AGGAGAAUCAUCGAUUAUAAUUGGUCAAUUUAUUUACUGCUUAUGUUUCGCUGCUUAAGUAUUUUGUUGUGUCUGAGUCCUUAUUCUAAUUAAUUAAGUCCCAACCUUCAAUCACCAUAACGUAUUUGAUUGGACCUGAGUUAAUUCAUCUUGGGUUAUUAAACUCAAGUUCAUCCGUCGAACAUUUUCGUAUAAAUUUUGAUUGGCUAGAAUUUUGUGACGUCAUUAAUCGACUCCGGUUCGAUUAAACCAAGUUCAGUCGAAUACGCUAUCAGUAUUUAAUCCAUAGUCUGAUAUGAACAUCAGUCUCUAAUUCAAAAUCUUAUACCGGCAUAAAGUGCUGUGAUACGAUUCUGUAACUCUUAACGACAGUGUUAUUACAGUUAUAUUGUCUUUACGCAGGUAUAUGAUAGAAAAGUUGCGUAACAACGAUAACGACACUAUUACAAAUAAGUUGACCAAUCACUAAUAGUUUAUUGUAGAAGGCCCAUUACAGAAUUGCACUACUGGUUCGGAAAAGAAAUUUGCUGACACACUGCGAAAGUAAAAUAUAUCGCUUUCGCAAUAAAUUAUGGCGGAAAUAACGAUAAGGAAGGCUAGGCGAGAAGAUUGUAAAGCUAUUAGAGAUCUGAUACAGGAAUUGUCAGAAUAUGAAAAGAUGCCUGAACAGAUGGAAAUCAACUAUAAAACCUUAGAAAAAGAUGGUUUUGAUGGGCAGCCAUUAUUUUUUUGCAACGUGGCAACCUCUGGUGAGAAGGUCAUUGGUUAUGCGCUUUUUUAUUAUAUUUACUCCACAUGGGUAGGAAAAGCUAUGUGUCUAGAGGAUAUCUAUGUGACACCAGAAUUUCGAGGGAAAUAUGUUGGUGAUAAACUCUUGAAAUCCGUCGCAAAAGCAGCUGUUGAGAGUAAUUGUCGCCAAUUGGAUUUUAUUGUGCUGAAUUGGAACCCAGCUCAGGAGUUUUACAAAAAAAGAGGAGCCUGUGAUCUUACUGUAGAAGAGAAGUGGCAUCGUUAUCGUUUCUCUACUGAUGAUUUAAAGAAAUUAGCAUUUGAUGCAGAUUCUAUCGACAAUCUAUUGAAGGCGAUCACUUGUGAAAAAGUGCGCGGAGUGGCACACCGGCAAAUAAACAUGUACCACGUCUGUCUUUCCGAGCCGUACGGCUCCAAGUCUACCUCUGUUGAUCAUGAGCUGAGGCGACAGAUAAUCGACAGCGAUUGGGGAGGGUACGCUUUAGACUUGAAUCUGUGGGAAGACGGCAAUUCGCCCGUGACGCAAGUGAGACCGAGUGAGAUAUCGCUCGACAACAAAGAAUGCUGUGGCGUUCUAUCGGACAGGCUGAUAGGCAUCGGCUCAUCAUUCUUGACGAGAUCACCUGAGAAUGGUCUCUACGUUCUCGGUAAAUUCAUAAUGAGAAAUAAGAGUCUCACGGAUAUUGCUAUGUUGCGGUAUCAUCGUUAUUUACAAUACAUUGACAUCGCUCACAAUAGUGUCUCGAGCUUAUCAGUUCUGAGCAAUCUACCAUAUUUGAUGUACUUGGAUGCAUCGAACAAUAAGGUCGAGUGUUCCUUGAGUUUCAUGCCUCCCUGGUAUCUCACCUACGUGAAUCUAUCGUACAAUAAUAUGACGGACAUUGGUAGCUUGAGGAAUUGCUGGAGCAUCGUCAGAUUAGAUCUGUCGCAUAAUAUUAUAGAAAAAAUCUACGGUUUGGAGAAUUUGAAACACCUGCGGUACUUAGAUUUGUCUUACAAUCUCAUCGAAUGUAUUGAAAACUUGGACAAUUUGCAUAUACAGGAACUGAGUCUAAGAUGCAAUUGCAUAACGUCAUUUAAAUCAGCUAUACCAGGUCGUGGUAUAAAUGUAUUACCUGAUCUACAAACGAUACUCUUGGCACACAACAAACUGUCGACCUUGCAAUUCUUCAAAGACACGUAUAGCUUACACCUCGUGGAUCUAAAAUUCAACAAAAUCAACGAUCUGCUGGAAGUUCUGAAUCUGAAGGGUUCGAUACACGAAGUGGACUUCAGGGGUAAUGCUUGUACAAAGUGGCCGAAUUAUCGAAACGUGCUGAUAUCUUCCAUACCAAGUAUUAAAUUCAUCGACGGUGUCGAAGUACUAGCAGCGGAAAAGGUAACAUCGUUCACGUUAUUUGCAUCGCCGCUAGAUCUGACAGCUGCACGUAACGUAGCGAAAUUAAUGUUGUUGGAGCAUUUAAAUAUCGACAAAAUACAUGCUCACGUUCAACCUUACGACGAGAUCGCCCCGCCGCUGGUCAUUUUAACGGGCCCAUCGGCGAUGAAGAAAAUGGCAUUGGCUUUGCAUGUGACUCGAACGAUUCCUGACAAAGUAAAAUAUUGCCGUUGGCACACCACGAAGGAGACUUGCGAGAACGACGACGAGAGUGACACUUAUAUUCUUGUAGACAGAGAGAAGUUCAAUGACAUGGCGCGAUGCGGCGAAUUCUUGGUGAUUCUAGAUCUUCUAGGCCAUAGUUACGGAUUUCAUGAGGAUCAGAUCGUCCCGUUGAUAUCCGAGAAAAAAAUCGGUCUCACUCAGAUGAAUCUGUACGCUACCAUGGAGAUCUCUAAGCGAUAUCCCAACGUCAAGGCGAUUCUCGUGCUCACACAGAGCGUGGAUCUUCAUCGCGUCUGGGCGCAGGCGAAGUUUGAUAUCUACACGUGGAUCAAGGACAGCGCGGAGAAUCUGUUGAUCGUGAAGAUAGGCAAGCACGUCGGGGAUAACGAUGUAGAAACCGCCAGUUGCGUGUUAGAUUUCAUUACGGAAAUUAUGGACGAGAUAAUAGAACGCCUAGAACUGCCUACCUACAGCAUCUAUAUAAGACCGCAAGGAACCGGGGCGACAACAACUGAUAUAAUACUCACGAGUAAGACAAUGUUGCCGAAAGUCAUCGUGGGAAGACGUGAGUUCUUAUUAGGGACGAAGAAACGCGUCGUGUGCCAAGAAAAGAAUAACAAAGAAUACAUCAUCAAAUCGUUCGAUCAGUUGCUAUCCGAAGGACAAUACGCGGUGGGAGAGUUAAAAGUGUUACUGGAUGAGGAAGCGAAUAUUAUCAUCGACGAUGAGGAGACGAAGCGAGAAUUACACAGGACAAGGAUGUUGCAACGUCGUAGUACGUUAGAAUUGGGCGCGACAUUUAUUCCUGACGAGGAAUACGAUCUUAACGAGUCCAAUAACGACGCGACGAAAACAGAGAAGCUGGAGGUAGAUGAUGGGAAAGCGAAAACGUUGAAGAACAUGUACAUCGAGCUUGUUAUGAAAAGCAGACAAUUAUAUUUGGACUAUCACGGGAGUCAUCCUGGCUUCUUCUCUUUAGUGUUAUUCAUGGACGAUUAUAUAAGAGCUUUCGAUUCGCUAAUCGAUUUUAUACAAGAGUUAUGCGUAAAUCAGUCUUAUAGGAAAUCCAUCUUCCUUUCGGAAAUGAAUCAUUUUACGCAGAUAGCGAUUCCUGCUGCGCUCGAGAGUAUCGUUAACGAAAUGAGAGAGUGAGUAUAUAUAUCAUAAAAUCUUCGUAAAACUUUUCAAAUCCGCACCUCAAUUUACAGUUUUUUUUUUAUCUUAUCGAUACAGAAAUGUUUCAGUAUCGAAACGUCAACAGAAAACAAUAUUUCACACACAAAGAACCACACUGCAGAAGUGAUGAGCGGACGAUCAUCAUCAAACUGCGGAGAAUUCUAACUUACAACAACAUAGAACAAAGUCUCGCUGUGACUAUCACUUUAUGUGAGGAAAGAAAAAAACAAUUCUUAACACACUUGACGCUUCUUAUAAAAAUAUAUAGCGCAAAAUUUGCAGUUAUUAAUAUUAUGCGUACGACGAUAACAAUAGUAUAUUGGUCUGUAGUUGUUAAAAAUGAACAUAUCUUCAAAAAUAGUUUUUAAUCUGAGGAACAUGUCACCUGUCUUAUAAAUAUGCGAGAAAGAAAGAACGUAAAAAGUUAUGUGCUUGUACUUCGUUUGCAUUGUUACUAUUGUCCUUGCAUUGCGUUCAAGUUAUAUUUGCACAUAUAUUAAUAAUCGGAGUUAGGUGUUUACGCGUAAAACAUAAUAUACUACGUCUACGUGUAGACAACGUAAACUAUGUCACUAUGAAAUGUCAUAUAUGUAGACAAUGAACAAUCUAUGGUAUCGUUUAAUGAACGUAGUUUGCUAAAAAAUUAAUGAAAAAGUUAAUAUUUUUAUAUAAUCCCUGAAAGAAUCCUGAUGCAAAGUUAUUACUUGUUUCCUGAACAAGUUAAAGUCCACAGAAUUUCCUGGCUACAUUUUUACCUACAGAAAAUAAAAUCUAUCAAUCUGUCACAUAAUGAAAUAAAAAUUUCAAUUGCAAA